AUGCUGACCAAGGUCGUCAUUCCCAAAUCCCUCCUCCAAUUCCUCUAUGCGAUUCAGUGCAUACCAGCGGUCAAGAAACCUUCACCUGCUCAGCCUGAACAAUCCGCCACACAAGAUGCCGACACUCCAGAUUCUCCCUUGCCACCUGCCGUUCCUUCUACUCCUCAAGAGGUGACACCAACCAACCCUGCAACUGCCUCUGAUACCACAGCUCAGCCAAAGCUACCCGCUCCAUCUAUCAAAUGCUUGGGUCGCAAGGGUUCUAAGAAUUGCCGGGCCAAGCAACCUCCUGUGCACCCUGAGGAGAAUCCUCAGGCUACUUCUCCCACACCUCCCUCAUUGCCUCCUCCUGCACUGAAGUCUACACCUCAGUCAGCAACCAACCCUCCUACAGCGUCUUCAGCUUGA